AUGUACUUCUUCCUCUCCAACCUGUCCUCGGUUGACAUAGGUUUCAUCUCCACCACAGUUCCCAAGAUGAUUGUGGACAUCCAAUCUCACAACAGAGUCAUCUCCUGUGAAGGAUGCUUGACUCAGAUGUCUAUUUUUAUCCUUUUUGCGUGUAUGGAUAGUAUGCUUCUUACUGUGAUGGCCUAUGACAGGUUUGUGGCCAUCUGUCACCCACUGCACUACAUGGUCAUCAUGAACCCACGCCUCUGUUGCUCCUUAGUUUUGUUGUCCUUUUGUGUUAGCCUUUUGGACUCCCAGGUGCACAAUGUGAUUGUGUUACAACUUACCUGUUUCAAGGAUGUAGAAAUUUCUAGUUUCUUCUGUGAUCCUUCUCAACUGCUCAACCUUGCUUGUUCUGACACUUUCACCAAUAACAUAGUCAGCUAUACCAUCGAGCCACAACACCUAAGAAAUGUAUCGGAAUUCUUCCUCAUGGGUCUUUCAGAUGAUCCAGAACUUCAGCCUUUCCUCUUUGGACUCUUCCUAUCCAUGUACCUGGUCACCGUGCUGGGAAACCUGCUCAUCAUUCUGGCAGUCUCCUCUGAUCCCCACCUUCACACCCCCAUGUACUUCUUCCUCUCCAACCUAUCCUUUGUGGAUAUAGGUUUCAUCUCCACCACGGUCCCCAAGAUGAUGGUGAACAUCCAGUCUCACAGCAGAGUCAUCUCCUAUGCAGGCUGCCUGACACAGAUGUCCAUUUUUAUCCUCUUUGGAGGGAUGGAUUGUAUGCUUCUGUCUGUGAUGGCCUAUGACAGGUUUGUGGCCAUCUGUCACCCACUGCACUACCAGGUCAUCAUGAACCCAUGCACCUGUUGCAAAUUAAUUUCAGUGUCUUUUUUUGUUAGCCUUUUGAACUCCCAAGUGCACAAUUUGAUUGUGUUACAACUCACCUGCUUCAAGGAUGUGGAAAUUUCUAAUUUCUUCUGUGACCCUUCUCUGCUCCUCGACCUGGCCUGUUCUGACACUGUUACCAAUAACAUAGUCAUGUAUUUUGUUGGUACCAUCUUUGGUUUUCUCCCUUUAUCAGGAAUCUUUUUCUCUUAUUAUAAAAUUCUUUCUUCCAUUCUGAGAAUCCCCUCAACAGGUGGGAAAUAUAAAGCCUUCUCCACUUGUGGCUCCCACCUUGCAGUUGUUUGCUUAUUUUAUGGAACAAGCCUUGGGGUGUACCUCAUCUCAGCCAUCUCACAAUCUCCCAGGAAGGAUGUGACAGCAUCAGUGGUGUACACUGUGGUCACCCCCAUGCUGAACCCCUUCAUCUACAGUCUUAGGAACAGAGACAUCAAAAGGGCCGUGUGGAAGCUGCUCCGCAAAAUAAGCUCAUCUUAG